AUGCUAAGAUCAGUGCUUGGCGUUUCAAGUCGUGCCGCUCUUUCCAGAAAUAUGGCCACCAAAGCAACUAAAACAUAUCAAUUUGAGGAUAUAAAAUCGUUGGUUCUAAAACCAGAUGCCCGUAGGCUUCUGGUUGAUGUCAGAGAGCCAAGCGAGGUUCAGCAGUACGCUCUGCCCACGGCAAUCAACUUGCCUUUGAAGUCUGCUCCCGGUGCUCUAGGGUUGUCUUCGGAGGAGUUUGAGGACGUCUUUGGCAUUCCAAAACCUGCAACUGAAAACGAGCUAAUUUUCUUCUGCGCUGCUGGUGUUAGAGCCAAGGCAGCGGAAGAGCUUGCUAACUCUUACGGUUAUGGGAACACGGGAUUGUACCCUGGAUCUAUCCACGAGUGGCUAGAAAAAGGUGGUGACAAAUUGAAAUAA